UUUUUUUUUUAUUCUUAUUUUUUUUUAUUUUUUUUUUUCUUUCCUUUCUUCUUCUUCUUUUUGAAACUGUAGUUGAAUAAUUAACAAUGGUUGCUUAUGGUGGAGAUGAAGUUAAUGCCUUAGUUUUUGACAUGGGCUCAAGUAUGACGCGCGCAGGUUAUGCUGGUGAAGAUACGCCACGCGUUAUGUUUCCAACUAGUGUUGGAUAUAUUGAUAUUAAACAAGAAGAGCAUUCAACAGUUCAGCCUACAGAUGAAGACAGUGUAAUGACUGAUGCUGAUAAACCUUCAUUACCAACAAACGAAAGGAAAUAUUUCAUCGGUGAUAACAAAAUCAAUGUAUUUAGAAGUCAAAUGGAAAUUAAAAAUCCUUUAAAAGAUGGCAUAGUUGAGGAUUGGGAAGCUGUUGAACAAAUCUGGGAUUUUACGUUUAAUAACAUGUUACGAAUUAAACCUGAAGAACAUCCAUUAUUAUGUACUGAACCAGCAUGGAAUACAAAAGAAAAUCGUGAAAAAACAAUUGAAAUUGCCUUUGAAAAGUUUCAAUUUCCUGCCUUUUAUCUUGCUGUCGAUGCAGUUUUAACAGCUUUUUCGGUAGGUAGAGCAACAGCACUUGUACUUGAUUCAGGUGGAGAAGUGACAAGUACAGUCCCUGUGUAUGAUGGAUUUGUGUUAAAAAAAGGUGUUUUGCAUCAACCCAUUGCUGGUAACACCUUAACAGAGAUGAUUAAAACACAACUUAAAAACGAUUUAAAUUAUACAAUUACACCUCGUUAUAAGAUUGCUAAAAUGAAAAAGCAAACAUUAGAAGCAGGUGAGCAGCCAGAAUUUGAAUUACGUGAAUUAGAAGGAUUAAAUGAUAGUUUUAAUGAAUAUCAAAUUAAUAGAGUUAUCAAUGAAUAUAAAGAAACAGUCUGUCAAGUAUCAGAAGUACAAUAUGACGAAGUACUUUUAUCGUCAAGACCAAAAAAAUCAUUUGGAUUUCCUGAUGGAUUCAAUUAUUCGUUUGGAUUAGAAAGAUAUAAAGUACCUGAAUUGCUUUUCGACCCUAACAUGAAUGAUAAAUCAACAGAGACUCAAGAAGAAGAAGAAGAAAAAGAAGGGAAAGAAAAGGAAACAACAGAAAAAAAGAAAUAUUUGGGUGCACAUGAAAUGGUUUAUAACAGCAUCAAUAAUUGUGACAUUGACCUUCGUCCUCUUUUAUUCAAUAAUGUUGUGGUGACGGGUGGAAAUACAUUAUUUAAUGGGUUUAAUGAAAGAUUAAAUUAUGAAUUACCACUAAAGGCACCAGGAAGCAAAAUCAAAAUUCAUGCAGCUGGUAAUGCAACUGAACGUAAGAGUAGUAGUUGGUUAGGUGGCUCUAUUUUAGCUUCUUUAGGCACUUUUCAUCAAUUAUGGAUAUCUCGAAGUGAAUAUGAUGAAUUUGGUGCUUCUAUUGUACAUAGAAAAUGUUAAAGAGAGAAAGAGAGAGAGAGAGAGA